CUUAGCUUGGCCCCCUCCCACCUGCAACGGCAGCCCACUCUCCCGUGAGUCUCCCUGGCCGGCCUCGUCUAUAUAAACCAGCCACUACCCGUUGGCUACUCCACCAGUCCAGACUCCAGACACACACUUACACAGUUACACUUGAAGCUCUCAUUGGUCCUCCCUCCUCCGUCCUCCUCUCCUACCACUCUACCAGCGACGAUGGCCGCGCAGCGGCGUUGGUCGGGGGCGGCGGACGUGGCGUCGUGGUGCGCCCUGCUGGCGCUCGUGAUGGUUGUCGGAUCGCUCGCCGGGUCGGGGAAGGAGGAGCCGGAGCAGUACAGCAGAGCCGGGCUGGUGGUGGUGCGCGGGCCGCGGCUGGCCGCGCGGCCGUGCGACGAGCUGUACGUGGUGGCGGAGGGGGAGACGCUGCACAGCAUCAGCGCCAGUUGCGGCGACCCCUACAUCCUGGAGCGGAACCCGCACGUCCACGACCCCGACGACGUCUUCCCCGGCCUCGUCAUCAAGAUCACGCCGCACGCCGGCGGCAGCCCCAACUCCGGCGACGCUAACUAGUAAAACAGAGAUCGCGCGCGCAAUCAUACCUGCAUGUGUGUCGCCCCGGAACCUCCUGCCGGGUUGAACGCGGCGCCGACGUGAGCGGUCGGGGCGUCGGGCACGGGCAGGAGCGCAGAGCGCUCUCUCGUUGAGUUCCAGUCGUGUCGUCCUGUACAUACUGCAUGUGGGAAAGGGCUCGAGACUACGAGCAGAAAUAAGAGAGGUCACAACACAUUGCUGCAAA